CUUGCACUUGGCCUUGUUGAACCUCAUGAGGUUCACACAGGCCCACCCCUCCGGCUUGCCCAGGUCCCAUCCCGUCCCUCAGGCAUGUCAACCACACCACCGAGCUUGGUGUCAUCUGCAAACUUGCUGAGGGUGCAUUUGAUCCCACUGUCUCUGUUGCUGAUGAAUACACUAAACAGUACCGGUCCCAGUACAUACCCCUGAGGGACACCACUUAUCACCAAUCUCCAUCCAGACAUUCAGCUGUUGACCACAGUAGCAGUAAGAGCCUUAGUAAAGUUAAAAUUAUAUGAAGAUGUAGGAAUUUGAGCUUUCUGUCACACUACUGAUUUGCGUUUGGUAUGGUUGUUUUUUUCCUGUAGAAAGAUUUUCUGUCUCAGAAGCCUAGGCCAAGGUUGAUUCAAACCAUAAAUCACUGGUCACAAAUUGAACAAAUGAGAGAUUCUGUAGGGGUAUGAAGAUGAUCUUGUCACUGUGAAGGCAGUCAGACAGGUUGUUCCAGAGAAAUUGUACAGUCUGCAUCCUUGGAAGUUUCCAAGAUACAGUUGGGCAAAGCCCUGAGCAGCCUGGUGAGAGCCCACGGCUGACCCUGCUUGAGCAGGAGGUUGAACUAGAGACCCCCUGAGGUCCCUCUCAGCCUGUGUGUCCUGUGAGCCCACGCUCCAUUGUUUUCCAAAGGACCUGUCUGUCUUUGUGGGGAACGAGUACUGGAUCUCACUCCAGUGUUGAAGGUUUUACUUUUAGGAGAAAAAGUAUUUUUCCCCUACCAUGGCAGCUGGUAUGUUUGUUUCUUGUAUGUAGGUCUUGAUACGUGUGGUCUUGUCGAACAGAACAGCUUUAUCAAAAUGGCACCUCUGUUUCUCCAUGUUCCACUGGAAGCAGUGGUGGCACAUCACAUUGCAAAGGCGCUGGUGGUCCCGCUGCUCUCGGGAGGCACAAGCCUCAGUUCUGCCAUUCCCCCUGCAUACUUCCAGUUUACUUUGAUUCUCUACGGUGAUACUUCCAGUUAAGGUUUUUCUGUCUGGCUGCUCUAUGCUAUCGCAUGUCACCGCUUCAGUGUUCCAGCAUGCAAUUCUUUAAACCCAGCAAAACACAACUUUAGAAUGGGUGUGCGCACAUGGAUGCUUACAGAUAUGCUGUGUGCGUGUAUCUCGUUACCUGUGUAUCUAUAUAUAUAUUAAAAAGGAAAAAAAACCAUAUAGUUGCCUUAUCUAGGACAAGUCCUUCUCUAGGUCAUACUGCAAGCCUGUAAGCUGAUGCAUUGUUCAGGCUAAGGCUAUGCAGUGACAUGGGGAAGAAACUACGUAGGGAAUAUGGAUUCGCUGGAGACCAGAAUGGACAGCGUAGCAUUGGUUCCCAACCGCUUUUGGCUCAUUUCCGGGCUUUUCCUCUUUUGAUAUUAUGUUUCCUUUUAUGCCCACUGUUUCCUCACUUACAUCUGUAUAACUGUUUUACUUUUAGAACAACGUGUGAAUUUUAUCUUGCCUUAGCCUUCAGAUAUUAUUCUUCUGUCUUUCUUCUGCAUCCUGAUUCCAGAUCAUGAAGAGUGAAGUACUGAGAGUGACCCACGAGCUUCAGGCCAUGAAAGACAAGAUCAAAGAGAACAGUGAGAAGAUCAAAGUGAACAAAACCCUGCCGUACCUUGUCUCUAACGUUAUUGAGCUGCUGGAUGUUGACCCCAAUGACCAGGAGGAGGAUGGGGCAAACAUUGACCUGGAUUCCCAGAGAAAGGGCAAGUGUGCUGUGAUCAAGACAUCUACGCGCCAGACAUAUUUCCUGCCCGUUAUUGGCUUGGUUGAUGCUGAGAAGUUGAAGCCCGGAGACCUAGUGGGAGUGAACAAAGACUCUUACUUGAUCCUGGAGACUCUACCUACUGAAUACGACUCACGGGUGAAAGCCAUGGAGGUGGAUGAGAGACCCACAGAGCAGUACAGUGACAUCGGGGGGCUGGAUAAACAAAUCCAAGAGCUCGUGGAGGCCAUUGUCCUGCCCAUGAAUCAUAAGGAGAAGUUUGAAAACUUGGGUAUACAGCCACCCAAAGGAGUCCUUAUGUACGGGCCUCCAGGAACAGGGAAGACGCUUUUAGCUCGAGCAUGUGCUGCCCAGACCAAGGCUACGUUCCUGAAGCUGGCGGGUCCACAGCUCGUGCAGAUGUUCAUUGGCGAUGGAGCUAAGCUGGUACGCGAUGCUUUUGCUCUAGCCAAGGAAAAAGCUCCUUCCAUCAUCUUUAUUGACGAACUGGAUGCCAUUGGCACCAAAAGGUUUGACAGUGAGAAGGCUGGUGAUCGGGAGGUGCAGAGGACCAUGCUGGAGCUGCUCAAUCAACUUGAUGGUUUCCAGCCCAACACACAAGUCAAGGUGAUUGCUGCAACCAACCGGGUUGAUAUCUUGGACCCAGCUUUGCUCCGCUCUGGACGAUUAGAUCGCAAGAUUGAGUUCCCAAUGCCUAAUGAGGAGGCCAGAGCCAGAAUUAUGCAGAUCCAUUCACGCAAAAUGAAUGUCAGCCCUGAUGUGAACUAUGAGGAACUGGCUCGCUGCACAGAUGAUUUCAACGGAGCCCAGUGCAAGGCUGUGUGUGUUGAAGCGGGGAUGAUUGCCCUCCGCCGUGGAGCUACAGAGCUCACCCAUGAGGACUACAUGGAAGGAAUCCUGGAGGUUCAAGCAAAGAAGAAAGCCAAUCUGCAGUACUAUGCCUGAUCUCUGCCCAGUCAAGGUUGUGGCCUUGGCAGAGGACAGGACUAGACUGGACUGUACUUUCUGUCUGGAAAAAAUAAAGCGUUUUUUUUCCCUCUAAAAACAAAUCCAUGAUGUGUUGGGGCUGUUGCACCCUUGCUCGGUCGUUCUACAUCUGCGAAGGGGAAGGUGAGAGCCUCCUGUCGAUGGUGCCCAUCGUGCUGCCCUUGGAGCCUCCUUCUGUGAGAACUGGAUUAAAUCCUGCACUGCUGCUCUGGAUGAGGACCAACAGGUUACUGCAGUAAGUGUGCUUUGAAAUUGAUGAUCUGUAGCUCACACAGCGUCCCCCCUUUUUACCUGUGCAGCCAGUGAACAGACUGUACAGGUUGGUUAGAGUCUUUGAAGCUUUUGAACUAACACUCAUUUUGCAAGGGAGAAGUGAACACAAUUCACACGUGAAUGAUGUUUUAACUUUGUCAUUUAAACCUACCUCUGGAAGCUUUAACACCAUUGCUGAUACGCAUGUGAGCUCUCUGGUGACUCGGUCUGGUAAUGAGGCAGAAAGAAUUCAAGGUUUCAGCCACUGAGCGAGUCUUUCAGUACUUUUAAUGCC